AUGGCUAUGCCCAGUAUGGGUGGUGAUUUUCAGCUAUUCUCUCCCGACAGACGGGAUUCGCACGCCGACUCCAUGACUUUCAGCACAGAUGACUCGGGUCAGGAUUGGACCCAAUGGAUGAGGUGGGAUGAUAACGCCUUCUCCGAGAACACCAAGGAGCUUUCGCAGUCCCCGCUUGAGUUCCCUUUCACUUCGCCCAAUCCAUCGGUAGGGAAGCAAAGCAUUGGCAUGUUCCCGAAGAGCGAGUUCUCGCCUGAUAUCUCGCUCGACUGCGGCAACCUUGCAUUUGAUUCAUUCUUGGGAAAGGAGCCCAGCGAGGGAAUGCCUUGCCAACCCCAGUCAAUUGGUGCAGAAUUAUUGUCUGGAAACUCUGUCGCAUCUAGCUCCCCGGUUUCCUUGGAAGGUGCCUCUCGCAAGCGCAAGUCAGGUAGCGAUGACGAUGGCUCUACCGUUAGUACCCAUCUUCCGAACGGCAAGAAAAUGCCGGCGAAGAAGCGAGCACACAAUGUUAUUGAAAAAAGAUAUCGAGCCAACCUGAAUGAGAAGAUUGCAGAACUUCGAGAUAGUGUGCCCAGUCUGAGAGCCUCGAAACAUGCGAAUGGAGGCCUGGCCGACGACGAUGAUGCGGAAGGUGUCACCCCUACCAGCAAGCUAAACAAAGCGUCUAUCCUUUCCAAGGCAACGGAGUAUAUUCGCCACCUGGAAAUUCGGAACAAGCGCCUAGAAGAGGAGAAUACUGCCUUAAAGAAUCGAUUGCGACUGGCGGAUAAAGCAGUCGAUCAGACAGUGACCUCCGCAGCCUCGAUUUCGUCGCCUAGUAACUGCACUGUGUCGACAGAGUCCGGUUCGAGUUCGUCCCCUAGCGUAUUUUCAAAUGUGGAGGAUCCGCCGAGUGAUCAUCCUCCGGACCCUCUUUACCCACCGGAGGGUUUGAUGAAGGUCCCGGAUGCCUUCAAACGUAUGCGCGCUGCGCCACCACGGGAUGCGUCUUUUUCACAGUCGUACAUCCCAUACCCCAGCAGCAAUGGUGGAUCUUCGUCAUCUGCUGGAGGGCGCAGACGGUCCUACUACCCCAAUAAAUACAUGCUCGGUGCCCUUGCUGGUCUCAUGGUCCUGGAGGGCAUGGGCAAGGAGAAGAAUUCAGAAUCGUCCGCUAAAGGCCUCCUCGCGGUUCCCAUCAACCUUUUUAACAGUAUUGAGCUACCUUCUAAUGCCUACUGGGCAACUGCGCUCCGAAGCUUCUGGUACUCGUGGCAUGCUCGAGCUAUCUCCCACUUCCUUGUCCUUGCUACGCUUGUCGUUGGCAGCGCAUUUGUGGUUUUCGUUUAUCUGUUCAACUCCGGACAGAGCCGUCAAAAUUCAUCGCCAAAGGUCGCCUGCAAGUCCGAUGCUACGAUGUCCUCGAGUAAUUUCAGACGCCAAGCCUGGCUGACAAGCAUCCAACAGGUUGGCGUACCGCGGCACACGUUCUUCCAUGAGUGGUAUGUUGUUACUUCGCGGUGCUUGGAGUACGUUUUACGCUGUCUUAUGGGCUGGAAAUUAUACUCGUGGGCCACGGGGAUCACGGAAGAGGAUGAGCGAGGCCGAGUGAAAACCUGGGAUAUCGCCAUUGAUGCACAGCUUGUGGGCGGUGACGCAGAAAUUAGUAAGAGUCGUCUUGUCCUUACUAUAUUUGCUGCAGGCACCCUACCGCGGAGCCCGAUGAGGAUGAUGCUGAAGGCCCUCCAUUGCCGCAUUUUAAUGUGGCGCGUUGGUAUCCCUGGUUCGUGGACCUUCAACACAUCCAACGAGGUUGCUCGUACUUUGGCUCGGUACCAGUGGGAGCUGGCACGGAAGAUGAAUGCUUCGUUACCGAAAGACCACCCUGAUGUUCUUCCUAGCCAUUUGGCAGCCUUGCUUGAACUCGACAGCGAGGAGGUCAUGAUCGACAGCAUUGUUCAGAGAGCGGCGAACCUCACAUGGAACCGUCCUACACAGGAGGGAGCUGAUGAUGACGAGGCUCUCCUUGAUGUUGUAGAGGAAGACCCCGCCAUACAGUCCACGUUGGAUGCACUCGCUGCAUGGUGGUCGAGUCAUCUUUUGCAACGCGCACUUCUCAACUACUUCGAGGCUAGCUCUGGCGGACCAGAAGCGAAGAAAAGCCGUACCAUUUUCAAGGCCAAAAUUAAGCUUGCUCUAGAUGUGGCUCCCCAGCCUUCUGCUGCACACACGCGUGCUCUCGUCAUGAAGGCCGUCUUUUUCGAACAAGACCGUGUGGCUAAUAUCGGAACCGUCCUUGCGGCUCUGCCCAAAGAAAAGGGCAAGAAUAAACAAAACCGGACAAUCAAUUUCUUGGAUUCAUCUUUACCUGUGUCGGUUCGGGAAGAAAUCAGCAUCGCAGUUCGUUGCGCCAUGAUUGCCGCCAUAUUUACCGCACGAGCCACGGGCGACACCUCCCUGCCAACCUCGUUUACAGUGGAGAAAGCCAUUUCAUGGUUCAAUCGAUUGCCGCUUGAUCCAGUGGAGCUGACCCUGCUGGGAUUUGCAGCGGUCUAUCACCUACUUCAUGUCCUUGCCUCCGACACCGAUUACCUGUUCUCAUCCGACUCGUCCUCUCCCUCAUCCCCCAUGUCCAGGGCCCUCUCGUCUUGUGAUGAAUCAUCCGACAACGACAGACCUGCCCAGAAGAUCCCCACGCAAUCAAUUCCGAACUUAGGCCGUGUAGCAUCUGAACUGAUGUACUGGGCCCGCAACGCCUACAACCCUGCAUUUUACGGAUUCACUUCCAACCUUGUCGAAGUUAUCGAGUCUGAAUGCACAUCUCUCUGUCACAGUGCCGGUGUUGACGUCACUGCCUAUUCCUGCAUCCAAGAAGAGAGGAGUAAAGCUCAACGGCAAUACAAGAAAGAGAAAAGAUCGUCCAAGCGGUCGAGGGAUAAGGUGAACAAAGACAUCCAGGAUCCUCCGCAGAACUAUCAAAACCGACAUUCAGUUCAGGGAUGA